CAUCGCGCAGGGGAUGAACGUCACAUAAUGGCGGAUGUUGGAGUCGGUGUUACGCCCACCGCUUCACGCUCCAUGCGCUAAAGUAGUUGAACGUGUCGAAGCGAGUGCGUUAGAGGGAAAACGUCAGCCGGUUUCGCGGCCUGUAGGUUUAAAGUAGCGGCGCUGCUCCGUAACGGAGGCUGUUCAGCCUGAACCCGCUGGUCGAGGAGGAGCUCGGUGUCACCGCUGGAAGCCUCCAGAAGUAGAAGCUCAAGCACCAGUGAGGAGGGGAGGCGCUCGCUCUCCACACCUCCACUCCAGGGUUUGAUGUCCUGUUGUGGGCUGGAGCUGGGACAGGGAUGAGGUUGGGACAGAGCGUUACUUGGUUUAUGACUUUGCCACAGCCAAACUGCACAGAAGCGCACAUUCAGAGCUGGACACGCACCAGGGUUGCAGAAGGAUGGAGGUGGACUGCCAGCCCGAGGACACCAUGCUGUCCAAGUACGACGAUGACUGCGUGGACCUCGGCAGCGUCAAGGACAUGAGACUGGACGCCAAGGCUGUGGUCAACGACGUGCUUUUCGCAGUGGCAGAGAUGCACGUGUCGCAGAGUCUGAACUGCGCGCCGGAUAUCGCCUACAUUAAUCUAGAGACGAGGGAGGGAAACCGCUACUGUCUGGAGCUCAGCGACGCAGGACUCAGAGUGGUGGGCUACUCCUUCGAUCAGGUGGACGAGGACUUGAACACACAGUACUACGAGACGAUCUACUCGCUGCUGGACACGCUGAGUCCCAGUUACAUACAAGCCUUCGGAAACGCUCUGCUGCAGCGGCUGGAGAAGUUGAAGCAGAACGGACAAUAGCUGUUUUCCAGUGGAAACAUUCCUCACCUGCCUGCCCCCCCCCACAAAGAGCUUUCAUAUCACGACUCGGUGUUGUUUUAGCGUGUUGACCUCACUGUGCAAAGAUCUUCCAGCCUCCCCACGUUACAUGCCUGUAACUUUGUCGAGGAAUUCCUGCACCUUUUAUACCACAGCACCGCUCCUCCUGCCCGAACUGUACUCGCAUGCGAGCCACUGCCUUAAAGACUGACCGCUGGUUAGAAAAGUACAAAGCCUGCUGUCAUUUUGGUAGGGAACUUUUAUAGUCGCUGAUCUUGUUGAAAGAGAUUUUUUGUUGCGGGAGACAACAGGGUAGGAGUACGUUUAUUAGGGGGGAGUCGAUUUGCAUUCACACUGUGAGGAAGACGACACACUCGCGAUUGCAGCAGAGUGAUGACAAAGGUCGGCUCACCGAGUCACGAGUUGUUUUGACUUUCACCGUCAUAUUUGUGGUUUAUAAACAAUGUGAGUGUUACAAUUCUCAUAUGCAACCGAUCAAAAUGAUUUUCUUCCUAGUGGCUCGUAAUUGCACACCUUCCUUUCUGCUGCUGCAAGUGACCAGGACUGAAUAAAAACAUUUGUUGUCA